GACAUAGCAGCACUGAGACGCAUUUCAUUAGAAAAUUAGAUACCGUAAAAAAAUAUAUAGUUUUUUUUACAAUAGCAAUUGUACAUCUCAAUCUUUUAAUAUAGCGAAUUCAUCAAUAAUGGAGUCUACCUCCAUACCAAUAGCAUACGACUCUCCUUCAAAUAAUAUAGUUAACCAAUUAGUGAGAAAUUCAACGCUCAUUUUGUUGCGCAAAUCAUAUUUCACCCGUUCCAUUGUUGAAAAGGUUUUCUCCAUAGUAGCUGUUGCAAAGGGCAAUGUCAACACUAGACAAAUCAAUCGACUAAUCAAUUUGUAUUGUGUGUUCGUCCCUAUUUCCAUCAGCUGGUCUAGUAAUUUUUCAAGGGAACAAACCUCAUUGUUCUUUUAGUCUCUUACGUUUUAGACUUUUAGAAUUUUAGGUUACAUUGUUUGUUUUUCUUUAGAAGAGAAUCACUAGAGCUAGAAUUUCUAGGCUAAAUUUAAAGUUGUGAUUUGAAUAUGUUCAUCUAACCCAUUUUCUCAAUUACACACAAUCGUAUUAAUAGAAUAACACUGGGCCGAAUGGCUAAACUCGAUAAACUCAUAAAAGCUAUACUAACUUCGGAUCCGGAGGAGGGCUGGGCCGUGGCCCGGGGUGGCCACCCCCUGGAUCCGCCACUGUUUGAAGAGAAUGUAUCUAAAAUUUACAUUCAUAUUUAAAUAAAAUACAACGUUCCAAAUAAAAUGAGAAAUCUUCAUAUUUAAAUACUACAUUUAACGCUAACAUCAAAAAGUUUAUACUGGAAUUAACAAAUAACAUAAACAUCUAAAUAUCAUAUGCAUACUUGAAUCCAAAUAAUAGCAUCAACAUUUAACUUUCAAAAUAAAUAAAUAAAACAAGUAAUUAUUUUUAAUUAAUUUCACCAAAAUUAUGUUAAAAAUUCGGUCAUAUUUGUCAUACAAUAAAUAGUAUUUCUGGAACUCUACUUUAUGGCAACAAUAUUAUUUCUGGUGCCAUUAUUCCUACUUCUGCGAUGUUAGCCCGUUCUGUAACCGGUACUAAUUGAACCCGAUUCUACCCACCACAAUUUUGCAUAAUUUUUUUUAGAGAAAACAUUGUGCAAUGCUCUCAUCAUAUGGAUAUUUCGUCAAUUCUCUUGCAACUUAACCUUGUCGAAACCAAAGGGAAAUAUUUGGCUGUCACCCAAUCAUGAGGCGCCACGUUGACAAGCAGAGGUUGAGAUUGGCCUGAUUGGCCAAUCCUAGAGGCUUGAUCUAUCCGUUACAAACCGUCGAGGCUGCCGAGGGGCGACGGCGCGAAAAAACAACCAUGACGAUAGCCAGAGCUACGCCAUCGGAACUCUCACUCCGGAUCGUAUCCGCUUCCAGCUCCGCUCUCCCCUCCGAUUCCCGACUUCCAGUGAUUUCAUCUCCGAUCACCGUCGAUCGCCGCGGAAGCAAUCGCCUUCCACCUCCAAUCAAGAUCUCCCGCAGAGAUGCCGCUCUACUCCCCUUCGUCGCGCUCGUCCCGCUCCUUGCACCGCCGCCUCCCGCCGCAGCUUUCUCCGUCGGCAUUUCAGGACCGAAGGACUGGCUGAAAGAGCAGAAGAGGAAGGCGGCGAAGUACCUGCUGGCGCCUAUCGAUGCCUCCAGAGAGAGUCUCCGCUCCGUCUAUCUGGCACUCACUGGGGGAUCUGAUCUCACAGUCGUCGAUUUAGGGGAAGUUCAAAAGCUUCUGGUUUCUUCUGCUAGAGAUUGCGUUCCACGAGAGAGGAAUUCGUUUGUGGUAUUCCAGGCCAAUACUGGAGUAGAGGUUUGCACGUUCACUUUGAUUCUGAAGAAUGCUGCUUCAUUGCUUGAUAAAAAUGAUCCUGUCAAGCUGGAGGGUGAAGCCAUAUUGAAUAAUCUCAUAAGUUCGUUCGCUUCUCUGAGCGGUGUCAUAAAUGGAAUGGAUAUUCAACUCUCUUCUGACAGAUUGAAGGUUGCUGAUGCAGUGAUGGAUACUUUGUCGUCGUUGGACAAGUUUGAGCAGGGAGUGAAGGAUUGCCUUGAAGCUUGAUCAUGACCAGCAUACUGUUCAUGCAAUGCCCUUCUUGUUCAGAACAAAUGGUACAUUGACACUAGUUAUUGGUUGUAUAUCAUUCUCCUCACAUUCAGCCUCAUUUCAUAUAAUGGGCUUCAGUGGAAUUCUUGGGAGUGGUCUCUCUAUUCUGGCAGUUUUGAGACUAGUAGAAGUUUCCAAAUUCAGAUGGCAGUUCUUGCAGUUUGGGAAAUGAAGAAUUCUAUAGAGCAAUGUUAUUCUUUGCCGUUGGUAACACUGCUGUAGCAUGCAUUUUGGUGAGACUAGAACCUUUCUAUCACAAGCAACUCAUGGUUGAUGGCUCUGGCGGAUAUUUGAAGAGGUCGUCAAAAAAUGAACUGCUUGACAUGUC